AUGGGUCUGGCCAAGACUGUCUUCAUCCUCACCGCCAUCCUCCUCGUCGACCGUGUCGGCCGCCGUGGCCUAUACCUCUCCAGCCUCGCCGGCGUCAUUGUCUCGCUCUCCUGCCUUGGCCUAAGCCUCACCGUAAUCGAGCACUCCAAGCCCAACCAGGACGUGCCGUGGCCCAGGGCGGCCAUCGCCUCGGUGUUCACGUUCGUGGCCUCCUUCUCCAUUGGCUUGGGGCCCAUCACAGGCGCCUACAGCUCCGAGGUCAUCCCGCUCCGGCUGCGCGCGCAGGGUGUCAGCGUCGGUGUGGCUUUCAACCGCGUCGCCAACGCAACCGUUGCACUCAGCUUCAUCUCCCUCUCCAAUGCCAUCACCAUGGGCGGCGCCUUCUUCCUCUUCGGAUUCUUGUCCGUGGGAGCGGCCACAUUCUUCUACUUCUUCUGCCCGGAAACUCAAGGCCGGCCGCUGGAGGAGAUCGAGGAGGUGUUCGGACACGGGUGGCGCGAGAGACGACACAACAUGCCUUUUCAUGUAUCCAAGCACACGAAAUGA